CUGACUUAUUUACUUCGACUUUGCAAAUCUAAUUCUGGACAAAUAAAAAACUCCCGAUUUUACAAUAAUAAUUGAAAGGAAAAACUAAAAAUAGCAUCAGCAACAUAUACAAACUAAUUAAGAUUCAAUAUCAAUGCCCUGUUGUUGAACUUGAGACAAAUAAAAGUGCUUGCGGACUAUGUCAAUACUGCGACAAUGUGGCACCAUGGCUGCACAAUUUGUGCAGCCCCAUCGUGUUUUGGCUAGAGGAUCUUUUGGCCUAUUACCAGCUGUCGUAAAACGGAUGAACGUUCCUUCGAGUGAAAAUGGCACACCAUUCAAUGCUCGCGGUCAUAAGAAUUUUGGCCAUAAAAAGCAGAUUACACCCAACAUUACUAGGAUAUUCCAUUUUAUUGUAGGCUCUCUGUUUCUCAUUUCGAUAAUGGACUGGACCAAAGUAAAACGUUUUAUAAUGCCCAAAGUGGAUGCAGAUGCAGGUGUCGAACCAGCUGAUGUUGAAAAAAAAUCGCGUAAAAAGGAUAAGAAAUCAAAAGAUUCUAAAGCGGCAACUGAUUCUGAAAGCGAAAGUGACAGCGAAGUCGAAGGUGCUGAGGGAAAAGAUGAUUCUCUAGAAGAAAAAUCAAAAAGCGUUCGAGGAGCCAAGGAAAAAGUUGGAUUUAGGGAAAGAAAGAUUGUUGAAUACGAAAAUCGCAUUCGACAAUUUUCUACUCCCGAUAAAGUAUUUCGCUAUUUUGCUACCAUACAAGUAGCCACAUCGGAUGAUCGCCAUGAGAUCUUUAUGACCCCAACAGAUUUUCUAACUAGCAUGACGCCCGGUAUGAAACAGCCAGAGGGUCUGGGUCUUGAUCAAUACCGCCGCUACGAUCCCAAGCAAGCUCCUGGAAAGUCUGUUGGAGAAAGUCUUAAUCUGAAUUUGGAGAAGAAUAGUAUUUUCUAUAAAUUGGGUUCAUAUGGCUUGAUUACUUUCUCCGACUACAUAUUCCUGCUAACUGUGUUGUCAACGUCUCGCCGUCACUUCGAAAUUGCCUUUCAAAUGUUCGAUUUAAACGGCGAUGGUGAUGUUGACUGUGAGGAAUUCGAAAUGGUAGCCACUUUAGUGCGUCAACAGACCAGCAUUGGCAGUCGUCAUCGUGAUCAUGCCAAUACCGGCAACACUUUCAAGGGUGUCAACUCGGCCUUGACCACUUUCUUCUUUGGCCCCAAUUUGGAUAAGAAGUUGACGAUACAAAAAUUCUUGGAUUUUCAACAUCAGUUGCAACGUGAAAUUCUUUCUUUGGAAUUCGAACGCAAACAUCCCGAUGAGAAUGGCCUUAUUACGGAGGCAGAUUUUGGAGAACUUCUAUUGGCCUAUGCCGGCUAUCCCAUUAAGAAGAAGCAAAAGAAAUUGAAGCGUGUAAAGAGACGUUUUCGUGAUCACAGCAUUGGCAUAUCGAAAAAGGAUUAUCUGGACUUUUUCCAUUUCCUUAAUAACAUCAACGAUGUGGAUACGGCCCUUACCUUCUAUCACAUUGCAGGAGCAUCCAUAGACCAGGCCACUUUGAAGCAUGUGGCAAAAACUGUUGCCAUGGUUGAAUUAUCGGAUCAUGUUAUCGAUGUUGUCUUUACCAUAUUCGAUGAUAACAAUGACAAUCAACUAAGUAACCGUGAAUUUAUAUCUGUCAUGAAAAACCGCGUUCAAAGAGGCUUGGAGAAACCCAAAGACACUGGUUUUAUCAAACUAAUGCGUUCUAUGCUCAAAUGUGCCAAAGAGACCAAACCUGUUUUGCUUGACCUUUGAAGUCCUGCCUAAAGGCCCCUAGCCGCCUAUUGCCAUUUUAUAGGACAAUUAUUUUUUUGCUUCCACUCCCAAUACUCUCAACGAUUUUGCAUGUAUCACAAUUAACAAAAAUAAUCAACGACAACUACUGCACCUCAUCUUUUUUCUAUUGAAUGUAUUAUUGCGCCAUUCUUCUGUUAUUGUAUCAUAGACUAACACACUUACAUGUGGAGGCCAUCGUAGCGCAUGCUGGCGACAUUUGUGAGAUACUAUGCCAAUGUAAAACUUCUCUCCAUGAGGGCACGCCGUUCGAACUCGGCUAUAAAAAGGAGGCCCCGCUUUGGGCUUAAACUUGAAUCGGACAACACUCUUUGAUAUGUGAGAAGUUUGCCCCGGUUCCUUAAUGGAACGUUCAUGGGAAAUUUGCAAUUGCAAAACACAUGUAAUGUGCUAUAUUUAUUUAUAUUGUUUUGUUCAAGUCCGUGUAGCAGCAUCGUGCAAUGAGGAAAUUCAUUGAUCAUAACCGCAUCUCGAAAUAGAACUUGAAAAGUCAACAAUCUUUAGAAAAUACCUCAUGGAUUUUAUGCAGAAGAAUUAUUGCGGUGGUGUUGCAACGCGGUUACUUUUCCUUCCUUCUAGUUAUAAAAAUAAGAUUUAUCAUCGUAUAACUUUAGUCUUAAUAAAUAGAAAGUUUGUUUUAUUUCUUGAACUCAUGAAACUUCAAAAGUUUAUAUAACAAAACAAAAAAAAAACUUAAAUUUAUUUAAAUAAUAAAUAUUUAUAUGUUGCCUAUUA